CCCCGCGGCCGCCACCCCGGGCUGAGCUCCGCCCGCGGUGACCCUCGGGCUCCGGCUUCCCUCCCCGGUUCCGCCGGCGCUGCCGGAGCCCCGUGCGGCCGCGGGGCCGCCCCACUCGCGCCGGGUCAGCUGACUGCCGCGAGGGAGCGGUGCGCCCGGCCCGCGGAAGCCCCGCGCAGCCAUGGCCGGGGCUGUGGUGAGCGGAGCGCAGGUGUCCUACAUUAGCCAAGACUGUGAAGAAAUUCCAGAAUUCCUAGGAAGAAAAUAUGGACACAUGGCAAAAAGGCUAGAUCUCAGCUUCAACUUGUUAAGGUCACUAGAAGGACUGAAAACAUUCACUUACUUGGAAGAGCUGAUCUUGGACAACAAUCUACUCGGAAAUGACCUUCUGUUACCCAGGUUACCCCACCUCCAUACCUUAACGCUCAACAAGAACCAAAUAACAGAAUUAGAAGGCCUUCUGGACCACUUGGCUGAAGUUGUGCCCUCACUACAGUAUCUCAGUUUGCUUGGAAACAUGGCCUGCCCAAAUGAACUGGUCUGCAAAGAGAAGGAUGAAGAUGACUACCAGAGAUACAGGUAUUUUGUCCUGCACAAAUUGACAAACUUGAAAUUUCUUGAUACUCGGAAAGUAACCAGGAGGGAGAGAGAGGAAGCCUUGAUAAGAGGGGCCUUCAUGAAAGUGGUUAAGCCCAAGGAUGCUAAGGGCUCCAGUGGUGCUGCCUCCACCUCUCCAGAGAUGCACUAUACACCUCUGCCUUCGGGAUCCAGGGACCUCACCAAUCACAGAGGUAUUUUGGGAAAAUGCCGCUACAUUUACUAUGGAAAACAUUCUGAGGGCAACAGAUUCAUCCGAGACGAUCAGCUAUAAAAUACAGCAUUGUUUCCUGCCUCUUCAAUCAUUCCACAUAAGAAGCACAAAUUGCAUCUAAAUUUUAAGCAUGUAACUAAAGUCCUCUAGUGCCUUCUGCUGACUUUGCCAAGCCUGUCAAGUUCAUCCUUCUAUCUUAGUCUGAGUAGUCACAUAGAGAUUGACAUGAUUGCCUUUAAGCAGGUCCCAUCCACCAGCGUGACAGACAGCUGCGGCCGAGCACCCGGCCUGACAGGAGGAGCACCGUGAUGGAUUGCCUGGGCCAAUUGCUGCUUGCAGAAGAGCAGGGGUCACACUUGGGGCUUCAGUAAGCAUGCUCCAUCGGUCGGCGCCGUAGCAAAAGCAGCGCGUUUAUCUCCAGUUUUCCUGUUGAGCGAAAGUGGCUGGCGAUAUCAAAGUGUUUAUAAAAGAGAGAGGCUGUAAUUUCAGAUGAAAAAGCCCUUAUCUGUUCUUUUUUUCUUCCCUGUGAAUUAAGUGCCUGUGUUUCUAUCAUCUCAUACAUGCUUACACAAAUCCUUUCACAGGGGGGUUUUGGUUUGGUGUGUGUCGUCUGUCACCCCCCGUCCUCAAAUGAGCCUAGUGGGAUUAUUUUUUCUUUCCAAAGGGGAAAAAAAGAAUAUCAUGAAGAUAUUUUGGCCAUGCAGAGUAUUAUCAGUUUGUAUAUUGUUUAUAUGCAAAGGAAAAGGAUUUAAGCAAUUUUGCGAACAAACAAAAUUUGCUAGUUCUUAAAUUACAUCUCAAUGUUUACUAACUCUGACCUUCAGAAAAGCGAUCAUUUUUUAAUGCUGUGGAAUAGUGGCACAGCUUAACUAUAUAUACUUGGAAGAAGCCCUCAGUUGUGACAUCUACAGUGUGUAUUAUUGCUGGUUUAUUGCACAAGAUAUUUUUAACUUGUACAGAGAUUACAUUUGGAAUUAAAUGCUUAAAUUUGGAAAGAAAGAAGUGCUUAAAAGGAGCGAUAUAAACUAAAAUUGCCACCAGAUGGGUAUGAGUAUUCAGAGGGGAAAAAUGUCAAUAAAAGUAACCAGUGGAAUUUAACAUAAUUAGCAGCUUUACUAAUAUGUUAUAGAGACAAGUGCUGAUUAAUCCCUUUUGGUGUCUGUGUAAGAAAGGCUAUUGUCAAAUUUUCAGUGGGGAAAAAAAAUGGCAUUUUUCCUGCUUUUCUUAUAAACAGGUCAGACAUAUGUAGAAUCAUGAACUUGUUACUGUGGAAAAAAAAAAUCCCAAUACUUUGUGCAUGUAUUGUGUUAAAUGCUACUGGACACAAUGAGAUUGGCCAAGGAGUUUUGCAUAUUCUAACCUCUAGGCUGUUCCAAAUCAAUGCAUGUUGGUCCCACUUGAAAGCCACCGCUGUCUGGCUGGUUUGGGCACAAAGAAGUUACUUGGUGGUCUUUAUUCACUUUCCUACUUGACAAAAUGUCAGUUUUUAGAAGUUGUGUAUUUUAGGGGGCUGUUAUCGGCCAGCAUUGCAGGUGGAAGGGUACUGGAUAUUGAAGCCAGUCAUGAAAUCAGGUUUGACUGAUAAAAAAGGUGACACUGGCAGAGUGACAAAGGAAAGCUUACUGCUGCUGCUGGGUUGUUUAGGCCUUAGCAAGUGGAAGCCUUCACUCGCUCUGAAAGUCUAUAAUAAAUCUUUAACAGAUACUUAAAAUCAGUGAUGAGCAUAGAAAGAUCCAUUUCACACUACCUGUGAUUCAAAUUGAGCGCUGAGCUGUUUUCCAUACAUGUUGGUGUCUGGAAAGCCCUUUUUGGCUGCUUGUAACACCUCUGCUGGUGUCAUACAUGGCUACAAAUAAAAUGCCAGAUCACAUUAGAAGUCCUGGGAGAUCUUGGAUAAAGGAAAACUACAUGCCUCUUUUUAAAAUCAAAAAUAUCAUUAGAAAUAUUUAGGGCACUUGUCAUCUCUCUUGGUUACCAGAAUAACAACAAUCCUCGUUUGUUCCUAUCCUAUUGUCUGGUUUGGAGUCUCCACACGUUUCGGCCGUGGCAUAAUAGAGGCAGCAGGGCUCUGAGUAGGGGUGUUUAGAAUAACCUAAUGUCACUUUCAGUCUGGUUGCAUAUAUGUUCUUGUCUUUAUAAAAGGCUUUAACUCUGCCUCAAACAAUAAACAGUACUUGCAAACUGACCGCAUGGCUUUUCCAUCUUUAUUUUGCUUGUUUACUUUUCCUAAUGUCAAAACCAUUUGUAUCAUUUUUCAGGAGUGUUUUCUUCCCAGCAAAGCUUUGGAGGCAAAAAUAUUUUUGGAAUGAGAUGUGAUCAAAGUCUCUUCCCUUUUGGUGGUUGUUUUCACUUGGGGGAUUAUGUACCUAUAGU